ACAUUGAUAUCUUCUCUUUUUGAUACAAUUAUCCAUUCGUUUUAACUUGAUUACAUAUACAUCUUUUUAUUUUUAAAACUUACACGAAACUCAUCACUAAAAAUUAAUAGUUAUAAAACACACGCCUCCCUUAUACCAUGUCGCAUCCCCUGUAAAUGAUUCGAUCAUUCUAUACUUUCUCGAAAACCGAAGGUUGCGAGCAGAGAAACCACAAUGGCUCUACUCUCACCUGUCAACCCCUACUUUCCCUUGGAACAAAACGGCCUGCUCUUGUGUCUUUCGUGCUUCAUCAUUACUGCCCUGUUUUUGGUAAAUCUCAGAACUAGAACAGCAAGCAAAUCCAAGUCGAAUGUGAAUCAGCUUCCAUCCCCGCCAAAACUACCCAUCAUGGGAAUCUUCAUCACAUAGGUACCCUUCCGCACUACUCUUUUUGAACACUCUCCAAUAAAUACGGACCUAUAAUGCCUUUACAGUUGGGUCAGACUCCAACUGUGGUGGUUUCUUCUGCAAAAUUGGCCCGCGAAAUUAUGAAAGCCCAUGACCUUACCUUCGCUGAUCGACCUCAAGGUAAUUGCCCUAAGAUCUUGCUCUAUGGAUGUACUGACGUUGGCUUUGGGAACUACGGUGGAGAUUCUGUGAAACUUCUGAGCGAGUUGUUGAUUGCUACAUCCAAUGAUAUCGUAUGAAAGUGUGUUCUUGGGGACAAGUUUAACACGGCGGCGAAUACAAGGAUUGGAGAGCUAGCGAGGAAGGUGAUGAUUAACCUUGCGGCCUUCAGCGUGGGAGAUUACUUCCCUUCCUUUUGGUUGGCUUGACUUUUUCACUAGUCUCAUUCCGAGGUUAAAGGCCAUUUUCAAAGGGUUAGAUGAUUUCUUUGAAGGUGUCAUUGAAGAACACAGGACCAUGAUGAAGAACAGAAGCGAUGUCCAAUACACGAAAAGGAAAAUCUUGCUCGAUAUUCUCCUUCAACUCCAUGAUGAUGGCAAGCUUCACAAUAGUUUCUCCCAAAACGAGCUCAAAUCAAUCUUCAUGGAUAUGUUUGUGGGAGGAACGACGCCAAUUCAGCAACAAUGGAGUGGGCCAUGGUGGAGCAAUGCAGAAAGCAAAGGACGAGGUAGGACGCAUGGUGGGGAACAAGUCAAAGGUAGAAGAGCAAGACAUAAGCCAAAUGAAUUACUUGAAAUGUGUGGUCAAAAAAAUUCUGAGAUUGCUUCUGCCUAGUCCUCUGCUGGCUCCUCGAGUAGCUAGAUCAGAUGUUAAUUGUACAUCAAUUCAUACAAAUCCUGAGUUCUGGGAAAGACCUGAAGAGUUCAUUCCUGAGAGAUUUGAGAUGGACGAUGUUGAAUUCAGAGGGCAAGACUUCCAUUACAUACCAUUUGGUUCAGGAAGAAGAGGUGUCCUGGGAUGAUGUUUUGUGUUGCUGCUGUGGAAUCCAUGCCCGCUAAUCUCUUGUUUUUGUUUGAUUGAAAGCUUCCGGAAAAUGGAGGAACUGUUCGACACAUUGAUAUGAACGAGAGAUUCGGCCUAACUGUUAGGAAAAAACUGCCAUUCUAUCUUCGACCGACACCCUACUCUCUUAAGUUUUAAUCCAAAACCGUACAUCGUAGUUAAAGUGUGAUUCUCUUUUCUGAGUGAGCUUUUACGUUAUGUGAGCUUUUCUGAGAGUACUCUAUGUGUAUGCCUGUAUGUAGGUAUUGAGGUUGAAGUUUGCGUACGGGAGACAAUGAUUUAUUGAUUUCUACUCGUACUGAUUGUUGAAUAAAAAGUUGAAUGUUGGUUAGUGGUCGAGAUCAGUGGUUGAAUUAGUGAACAAAUAAUGAAUCUCAGGUUGAAUA